AGAUGAUUUGCAAAUAAUACAUAGUAACAUAUAAAUUUGUAUCAACACGAAGAAUAUUCUCCAUGUAAAGGCAUUUUAAAUUUCCAACGCGUAACGAAACAAUAGCCUCUCCAAAAGAUUGUGAGCUUCGUGAUAUAACUUGGUUUAAAAAAGUGAUAAAACUGGGAAAUAAGGAGAAAGUCCCAUUUCUUCACGAGAAUUAACGAACGAUAAGCGAGUUUUUUUUUUUAAGAAACUGUAUAGUGAAGUGUUAAUGAUGGAAGUUGUAAAACGUCGUGGAGAAAAUAGUUCAGGAAAUAGAAAUGAUUGUCCUAAAAGCACAACUCUUUUGCAGUUUCAUGAAAUGGGUCUUGAUGAUAGAAUUUUGAAAGCUGUUUCAAAAUUAGGAUGGAAGAAACCUACACUGAUACAAGAAAAAGUAAUACCUCUUGCUUUGGAAGGGAAGGAUAUUUUAGCACGUGCUCGUACUGGAUCAGGAAAAACUGCAGCGUUUGUAAUCCCCGUUAUUCAAAAUAUUUUAUCAUGGAAGAAUGUAAAUAGCUCACAGGAAGUUAGAGCAUUGAUCUUGGCACCUAGCAAAGAAUUAUGUAAACAGAUAUAUAAGAAUGUUCAGGAACUUGUUGCUUGUUGCACCAGAGAAGUGAGAGCAGUAGAUGUGUCAGGACAGAUAGAUAUAGCUUCACAACGACCAGUUUUAGUUGAGAAACCAGAUGUUGUUAUUGGCACUCCAAGUAGAGUUUUAGCCCAUCUACAAGCUAACAACUUGAUUUUAAAAGAUUCUCUUGAAAUAAUGGUUGUAGAUGAAGCUGAUCUCGUGUUUUCUUUUGGUUAUGAAUCUGAUAUCAAAGAAGUCCUGAGGUAUUUGCCACAAAUAUAUCAAUCUCUUUUGAUGUCAGCGACACUUACAACAGAUGUACAGUCUCUGAAAAAAAUUGUGUUACAUAAUCCAGUUAUUCUCAAAUUGGAAGAACCCCAACUUCCAGCCACAUCCCAACUUACACAAUACAUAAUCAAACUCGAGGAUGAGGACAAGUUUGUGUUGAUAUAUAGUUUGUUCAAGUUGAAACUGAUACAUGGGAAGACACUUAUAUUUGUAGCAACUGUUGACAGGUGUUACAGAUUAAAACUAUACUUGGAGCAGUUUGGAAUAAGAUCAUGUAUUUUGAACUCAGAACUUCCUGUUAGUUCCAGAUGUCAUAUUGUUACUCAGUUUAAUGAAGGGUUUUAUGACAUUGUUAUUGCCUCUGAUGAAAAACCACUUGAAGGAGAAUAUCGAAAGAAUAUGAAACGCAAGCCAAAAAGGUUAAAAAAAGAUCGGGAAUAUGGAGUAUCUCGUGGAAUUGACUUCCAGUUUGUUUCUAAUGUUAUUAAUUUUGACUUCCCUCCAAAUCCAGAUGCUUAUAUUCACAGAGUGGGCAGAACAGCUCGUGGAAAUAACCAGGGAACAGCUCUGUCUUUUGUUAGUAUGAAAGAAAUUCCCUUUAUGGAGGAAGUGGAGAAAGAAUUUGAAACUCCAUCAGCACGAUAUCUGAAUCCAUCAAGUUCUUCCAUCUUAAACUGGUACGGUCUGAAAAUGCUACUUUCACCUGAAAAGAUAAUACGAACACAAAUUAACCAGGAUGCACUUAGAGCAGUCACUCGGAUUGCUGUUCGAGAAGCACGGUUGAAGGAACUACGAACUCAGCUUCUCAACUCUCAAAAACUGAAGUCAUACUUUGAAGACAAUCCACGUGACCAGCAGCUUCUUCGGCAUGAUAGAGCCCUGCACAUUGUGAAACAACAGCCACACCUGAAAGAUGUUCCAGACUACAUAGUUCCUUCAACUCUGAGAAAGAUGGUUACAAUUAAGAAAGGAUGGAGCAACAAAAAACAAUUGUUUCGGAAACCUGAAAAGUCUGAUGACCAGUCAACAGUAAAUGUGGUUCAGCAUACCCUGACAAAAGCGACAAAAAAAAUUCAAGAAACGAGAGGCAGAUCCUUUGAGAAGCUUCCAGUUAGAAGAAACAUCAGAUUCUCUAGCAAAGAGGAAAAAAUGAUGGAAAAUGUUAUCAAUGUGUAUAAUGAUCGAAUAUUGUAAAAUAUUACUUGCUAUGACAUCUAAAGAAAUUAAAGUAACCACUGGUUGUAACAAUGAUAAUGUGUCAAGCCUCAUUGAAUUUAUAUCAUAAAGUGGAGAGUCCAUUUCAUGUUCAUAUACUUCAUAUAA